AUGGUACAUAGAGCUGUGCGUCGAAAUCACAACGCAAUCUGUACAUCAAAACAAAAAUUAAUGGAGAAAACAGCUGUCAUAACGGGUGGUACUGCAGGGAUCGGACAACAAAUAGCAUUGGACUUUGCUACAAGAGGUGCAAGAGUUAUAAUCGCCAGUCCCUUUGAAGAUGAAGGAAUUAAAGCACGUAAAGAAAUUAUCAAAAAAACUGGAAAUUAUGAUGUUGUCUAUAAAUUCCUGGAUCUUGCUUCAUUAGAAUCAAUCCGUAAAUUCGCAGCAGAUAUUAAUGAAUCUGAGCUAAAAUUGCAUAUCUUGGUGAAUAACGCGGGCGUCGGACUACCAGGAGACUUUAAGACUGAUGACGGAAUGAAUUUUAUUAUGCAAGUUAAUUAUUAUGGUCAUUUCCUCUUAACUCUUCUGCUGUUACCACUUUUGAUAAAAUCUGGGACAAAAUUGGAACCUAGCAGAAUAAUAAACAUGUCCUCGAUUACACACUUUAUUGGCAGUUUUGAUAUUGAUAAUUACAACAGAACUGGUUAUUGGAAUUUGUUAAGAAUUUACGCAAACAGUAAACUAAGUUUAGUGUUGUUCUCCCAUGAAUUAACAAAAAAGAUUGCUGGUAAAAACGUGAUUAUAAACUGCGCUGAUCCUGGAUUCGUAUCAACAAAAAUAAUCAAAAGUUAUUUUACCAACACUGGUAAAAUAUAUCAAAUUCUUAUAAAUAUAUUGUUUAAAAAUCCAUGGGAAGGUGCCCAGACCCCUAUUUAUAUGGCAAUAGAGGAAAAAUCUGGUGAAGUAAGUGGCCAAAUAUUCGAUAAUUGUGAAUUAAAGUCGCCACCUAAAUGGAAUGAUCUUGAUAAAUGCUCGGAAAUGUUGUGGAAACAAUCAGUGAAACUAGUAUUUAAAGAUGAAACUCAAAUAUCCAGACUCCUGACAUAG